AUGGACUUUUUAGCCGGCUUAGUUCUCUACGGACUCAGCUUGCUCCUUUCUGGCACAGUGGACGGUGCCAUGGACCUGAUCUUGAUCAAUUCCCUACCUCUUGUGUCUGAUGCUGAAACAUCCCUCACCUGCAUCGCCUCUGGAUGGCGCCCCCAUGAGCCCCUCACCAUAGGAAGAGACUUUGAAGCCUUAAUGAACCAGCACCAGGAUCCACUGGAAGUUACUCAAGAUGUGACCAGAGAAGGGGCUAAAAACGUCCUUUGGAAGAGAGAAAAGGCCAGUAAAAUCAAUGGUGCUUACUUCUGUGAAGGGCGAGUUCGAGGAGAGGCAAUCAAGAUACGCACCAUGAAGAUGCGCCAACAAGCUUCCUUCCUACCAUCUACUUUAACCAUGACCGUGGAUAGGGGAGACAACGUGAACAUAUCUUUCAAAAAGAUGUUGAUUAAAGAAGAAGACGCAGUGAUUUACAAGAAUGGUUCCUUCAUCCACUCAGUGCCCAGGCAUGAAGUACCUGAUAUUUUAGAAGUGCAUCUGCCUCACGCUCAGCCCCAGGACGCCGGAGUGUACUCAGCCAGGUACAUCGGAGGAAACCUCUUCACCUCAGCCUUCACCAGGCUGAUAGUCCGGAGAUGCGAGGCUCAGAAGUGGGGACCUGAGUGUAACCGUGCCUGCACCACUUGUGUGAACAAUGGUGUCUGCCAUGAAGAUACGGGGGAAUGCAUUUGCCCUCCUGGGUUUAUGGGGAGGACGUGUGAGAAGGCUUGUGAACGGCACACGUUUGGCAGAACCUGUAAGGAACGGUGUAGUGGACCAGAGGGAUGCAAGUCCCAUGUGUUCUGUCUCCCAGACCCCUACGGGUGCUCCUGUGCCACCGGCUGGAAGAGCCUGCAGUGCAAUGAAGCAUGCCAGCCUGGGUAUUAUGGGCCAGACUGUAAGCUCAGGUGCAGGUGCACCAAUGGGGAGAUCUGUGAUCGGUUCCAAGGAUGCCUCUGCUCUCCAGAACGCCAAGGGCUCCAGUGUGAGAAAGAAGGCAGGCCAAGGAUGACCCCAAGGAUAGAGGAUUUGCCAGAUGACAUAGAAGUCAACAGUGGUAAAUUGAACCACAUCUGCAAAGCGUCUGGCUGGCCACUGCCUGCUAAUGAAGAAAUGACCCUGGUGAAGCCCGAUGGGACAGUGCUCCACCCAAAAGACUUUAACCACACGGGUCAUCUGUCAGUGGCCACCUUCACCCUUGAGCGGCUGCUGCCCCCUGACUCGGGAGUCUGGGUCUGCAGUGUGAACACCGUGGCUGGAAUGGAGGAAAAGCCUUUCAACAUCUCUGUGAAAGUUCUUCCAAAGCCCUUGAAUGCUCCCAACGUGAUUGACACUGGACAUAACUUUGCUGUCAUCAACAUCAGCUCUGAGCCUUACUUUGGGGAUGGACCAAUCAAAUCCAAGAAGCUUCUCUACAAACCUGUCAAUCAUUACGAGGCCUGGCGCCACAUUCAAGUGACCAGCGAGAUCGUUACACUCAACUCCUUGGAGCCCCGGACAGAAUACGAGCUCUGUGUGCAGCUGGUGCGGCGUGGAGAGGGCGGGGAAGGGCAUCCUGGACCCGUGCGACGGUUCACCACAGCUUCCAUCGGUCUCCCUCCUCCAAGAGGUCUCAGUCUCCUACCGAAAAGUCAGACCACUCUAAAUUUGACCUGGCAACCAAUAUUUUCAAGCUCCGAAGAUGACUUUUAUGUGGAAGUAGAGAGGAGGUCUGUGCAGAUGAGUAAUGAUCAGCAGAAUAUUAAAGUGCCAGGCAACCUGACAUCUGUGUUACUUAACAACCUGCACCCCAGGGAGCAGUACAUAGUUCGAGCCAGAGUCAACACCAAGGCCCAGGGGGAAUGGAGUGAAGACCUCACCGCUUGGACUCUCAGCGACAUUCUCCCUCCUCAACCCGAAAACAUCAAGAUUUCCAACAUCACAGACUCUUCAGCCAUGAUUUCUUGGACGAUCGUGGAUGGCUAUUCUAUUUCUUCUAUUAUCAUCCGUUACAAGGUUCAGGGCAAGAAUGAAGAUCAGCACAUUGAUGUAAAGAUCAAGAAUGUCACUAUCACCCGCUAUCAGCUCAAGGGCCUGGAGCCCCAAACACCUUACCAGGUGGACAUUUUUGCAGAGAACAACAUAGGGUCCAGCAACCCAACUGCUUCACAUGAGCUGACAACUCUCUCCAAGUCUCAAGCGCCCGCGGAGCUCGGCGGCGGGAAGAUGCUGCUCAUCGCCAUCCUGGGCUCGGCGGGCAUGACCUGCCUGACGGUGCUGCUGGCCUUCCUCAUCGUGCUGCAGCUGAAGCGGGCCCACGUGCAGAGGAGGAUGGCCCAGGCCUUCCAGAACGUGAGGGAAGAGCCAGCUGUGCAGUUCAACUCAGGAACCCUGGCCCUGAACAGGAAGGCCAAGAACAGCCCGGAUCCCACCAUCUAUCCAGUGCUCGACUGGAACGACAUCAAGUUUCAAGAUGUGAUCGGGGAGGGGAACUUUGGCCAGGUCCUCAAGGCGCGCAUCAAGAAGGACGGCUUGCGGAUGGACGCCGCCAUCAAGCGGAUGAAAGAAUAUGCCUCCAAAGAUGACCACAGGGACUUCGCGGGGGAACUGGAGGUCCUCUGCAAACUUGGACACCACCCCAACAUCAUCAACCUCUUGGGAGCCUGUGAACAUCGUGGCUAUCUGUACCUGGCCAUUGAGUAUGCCCCCCAUGGCAACCUCCUGGACUUCCUGCGCAAGAGCCGUGUGCUGGAGACCGACCCGGCCUUCGCCAUCGCCAACAGCACCGCCUCCACGCUGUCCUCCCAGCAGCUGCUCCACUUCGCCGCAGACGUGGCCCGGGGCAUGGACUACCUGAGUCAGAAACAGUUUAUCCACAGGGAUCUGGCUGCCAGGAACAUUUUAGUUGGUGAAAACUAUGUAGCCAAAAUAGCCGAUUUUGGACUGUCCCGAGGUCAAGAAGUUUAUGUGAAAAAGACGAUGGGGCGGCUCCCAGUGCGCUGGAUGGCAAUCGAGUCCCUCAAUUACAGCGUCUACACAACCAACAGUGACGUAUGGUCCUACGGAGUGUUACUGUGGGAGAUCGUUAGCCUAGGCGGCACCCCCUACUGCGGGAUGACGUGUGCGGAGCUCUACGAGAAGCUGCCGCAGGGCUACAGGCUGGAGAAGCCCCUCAACUGUGACGAUGAGGUGUAUGAUCUAAUGAGACAGUGCUGGAGGGAGAAGCCAUAUGAGAGGCCCUCAUUUGCCCAGAUUCUAGUGUCCUUAAACCGGAUGUUAGAAGAACGGAAGACCUACGUGAACACCACGCUGUAUGAGAAGUUUACCUACGCAGGGAUCGACUGCUCUGCUGAAGAAGCGGCCUAG